GCCGCAGCGCCGCCCGCGUCGCCCGCGUUCGCGCCGCCCGGCCCUCGCGUCCUCCCGGUCCCGGCUUCCACGGCCGCCGCGCUGCCAGAGAGCCCCCGCCCCGCGACCCCCGGCUCCCGCCUCCUCGGCGCGCCGCCGCCCCCGGCUCCCGCCUCCUCCCCGGGUCUCGCCGGCCCCUUCCUGCCGCCGCCGCCGCCGGAGGAGCCGGUCCACUGCGGGUCACCAUGCCGAGCAAAACCAAGUACAACCUUGUGGACGAUGGGCACGACCUGCGGAUCCCCUUGCACAACGAGGACGCCUUCCAGCACGGCAUCUGCUUCGAGGCCAAGUAUGUCGGAAGCCUGGAUGUGCCGAGGCCCAACAGCAGAGUGGAGAUUGUGGCUGCCAUGCGCCGUAUCCGGUAUGAAUUUAAAGCCAAGAACAUCAAGAAGAAGAAGGUGAGCAUUAUGGUUUCAGUGGAUGGAGUGAAAGUGAUUCUGAAGAAGAAGAAAAAGCUUCUUUUAUUGCAGAAGAAGGAGUGGACGUGGGAUGAGAGCAAGAUGCUGGUGAUGCAAGACCCUAUCUACAGGAUCUUCUACGUCUCUCACGAUUCCCAAGACUUGAAGAUCUUCAGCUAUAUCGCUCGAGAUGGUGCCAGCAAUAUCUUCAGGUGUAACGUCUUCAAAUCCAAGAAGAAGAGCCAAGCUAUGCGAAUUGUCCGGACGGUGGGGCAAGCCUUCGAGGUCUGCCACAAGCUGAGCCUACAGCACACCCAGCAGAAUGCCGAUGGCCAGGAAGAUGGGGAAAGCGAGAGAAACAGCAACAGCUCAGGGGACCCAGGUCGCCAGCUCACCGGAGCCGAGAGGGCCUCCACGGCCACCGCAGAGGAGACGGAUAUCGACGCGGUCGAGACCCCACUGCCGGGGAAUGACACCCUGGAAUUCAGCCGAGGUGUGACCGACCUUGAUGCUGUAGGAAAGGAAGGAGGCUCCCACACAGACUCCAAGGUCUCAUCCCACCCCCAGGAGCCCAUGCUGACAGCCUCGCCUAGGAUGCUCCUUCCCUCUUCUUCUUCGAAGCCCCCGGGCUUGGGCACGGGCACAGGCAUGGGCACGCCGCUGUCCACCCACCACCAGAUGCAGCUCCUCCAGCAGCUCCUCCAGCAGCAGCAGCAGCAGACACAAGUGGCUGUGGCCCAGGUUCACUUGUUGAAGGACCAGCUGGCUGCUGAGGCUGCGGCACGGCUGGAGGCCCAGGCUCGCGUGCACCAGCUCCUGCUGCAGAACAAGGACAUGCUGCAGCACGUCUCUCUGCUGGUCAGGCAGGUGCAGGAGCUGGAGCUGAAGCUGUCAGGACAGAAUGCCAUGGGCUCCCAGGACAGCUUGCUGGAGAUCACCUUCCGCUCUGGAGCUCUUCCCGUGCUCUGUGACCCCACGACCCCAAAGCCAGAGGACCUGCACUCGCCGCCCCUGGGUGCGGGCUUGGCCGACUUUGCCCACCCAGCGGGCAGCCCCUUAGUCGACCACAGCAUGUUUGAGAACUUGAACACAGCCCUCACUCCAAAGCUCCAGUCGAGCCGCUCCUUCCCCCACUUGUCCAGGCCUGAGGCCCCCGGCUCUGCCACCCUGGGGUCUGUGGAGGCCGGAGGGCCUGGACUCUGGGUGGGCAGCAGCCAGCACCUCAAGAACCUGGGUAAAGCCAUGGGGGCCAAAGUUAAUGACUUCCUGCGGAGAAAAGAGCCCUCGAGCCUGGGCAGCGUGGGCACAACGGAGGUCAACAAGACUGCGGGGGCCCAACUGGCCGGCGGGGCUGAUGUGGGUGACGGAAGGUCAUUCCCUCGGCUGGACCCUCCGCCACCCACCACCCGGAAGCGAGCCCCUCGGGCACUGAAGACCACCCAGGACAUGCUGAUUUCAUCGCAGCCUGUCCUGAGCAGUCUGGAGUAUGGGACAGAGCUGUCACCCGGGCAGCCCCAGGACUCCCCUCCCACUGCCCAGCCCAGCCCAGCCGAGGCUUCAGAGCCAGAGGCCACCGUGGAAGUGGUGGACAGGGGCGAGGCUCAGCCCAAUGGAGAGGUUUCCCUGUCGGUGCCUGACCUCAUCCACAAGGACGGCCAGGAUGAACCCAAGCUAAAGGUGACUGAGUGCAGAAGGGCCUCCUCCCCUGGCCUCAUCGAGAGAAAUGGCCUCAAACUCAGCCUGAGCCCCAUCAGCCUGGCUGAGCCUCUGGGGGACAGCAGCCCGCCUCCUCGGGCACGGACCUCCAGCCUUGACAAUGAGGGCCCUCACCCGGACCUGCUGUCCUUCGAGUAGAGCUGCUUCUGUUCCUGCUGAGCACCCCUGCCCCUCUGCUCUCUCCUCCACGGUGCGCCCGGGCCCUUGCCCCAGGUCCACCCUGCUGUCUGUCCUCCUUGCACAAGGCACAGCGGAGUCCAUUCUCCCACACGGGCUGUUGCAGGGCCAAAAGUCCCUGAGUGGCCCUAGUUCAAUGGCCUGUCGUGAAACGGCGGAAGGACUCCGGUGCCAGCCCAGCUCCCUGCGCGCUGGCUGCAGCCCUUGGAUGUCAGGGUCUCUGCUCCCGAGGUGCCCUGGCUUCCUGCUGACCACAGGGCCAGCAGCCCAGGAUGAAGGGUAUUCUCUCUGUCUCCCACAUGAUGCCUGCUCUUCUCCCUCCCAUCUGCUCCUGGUUCCUUCCUUCUCCCCCCUGGGGGCCAGAGGCCUCCUGCCCCAGGGGAAAUCGGGCUGGAUGAGGCAUGAUGGGUUUGGCUUGAUGAUGGGCCCAGACCCAGAAAGCCACACACCCUGAGCACAGCCCAGCCACAGCUCCUCCUGGUCCCAAGACAGCACAGGCCUUGGGCUGUCACCUUGCCUCUGCCCGUGUGGAAGCGGGCUGGGGAGAUGCUUACCAGGCCCGAGACCUCAGGCAGCCUUGUUGCCCAUGGUUCACGGGGUGUUUCUCAUCUAGCCUGAGGCAGGGCACAGAGCCAGCCACUGAGAGCGCCUGCCCAGCAUGGGAGUGUGGAGAGGCACUGGGCAGUAUGAUGCAGCCAGCUACGCUCGGGCUCCCUGCACAGGAGAGAGCCUGGCUUCCCUUGCUGUGUGUGGAGACAGGGCUAGGCAGGCCCCGGCAGAAGCAGCAGAGCAAGUUGUGAUCUUCUUUGGGAAGGAGGGCCCAGGAACCUGGCAUCCAGGGAGCUGGUCCCUAGAGAACCCAGAGCAGUCGUGGAUAAGGCAGUGAAAAUGAGAUGUGGAAAGAGUAGUCGUAAGGGUUCAGAGCAGCUUGUCAGGGUUUUCGCAGCCUGAUGUGAUGUAGUUCCAGGGUCUCGACAUGGUAAGUGCAAGAAGCAAGGUGAAGAGUGUGAGAGGUUGGAAUGUGGUAGGAACCAUGGGGCAGGCCACUGUUCAGUAGGAGGUGCUCUACUUUUGUCUUGAAGGUGCUGUCUACCCGCCUGCCUCUGGGCAUCUGUGAGGCACUGACAGUUCACACAACCCCACUGGUUCUGCCCUCCUGGGUUAACCCACUUCUGUGUUCCUGUCUCCCACCAGGGGUCCUGUCAUGCUGUUUUCCUGUGGCCAGGAGACCCUGUCGGGGGGUGAUCCCAAUCCUGGGGGCCUUUGCAGCAAGAAGAGGACGUGCCUUUUUUUGAGCAGGGUGGCUGGUCCCUGGGGGAAGGCUGGGCGUGGCGUGUCUGGCCGGAGCAGGCUGUCUAGUCCUCCUGUGCCUCCUGCUGCCUUCCCUUUUCUAUUCUUUGUUCAGCUUCCCACUCUGGCUGCCCCAGAGCUCACUGCCCACUUCAUCUCAUCACCCAGCUCCCUGCUCUCCUCCCCACCACCUCUGCCGAAUAAAAUGUCCAAGCUGACUCCUGCAGACCCAGGAGCCUCGGGGGACCACCAGGAUGCGGGCUGCCCUUCCUGCAUCCUUGCUUCUGCAGCCGUGUGGCCUUGCCACAGCUCUCCUGCCGCCCUUUCUCCUACCCUGUGUUCUCGCAGCGAAGCUCUGUCCCAUCUUCCUCAGGAAGGUCCGUGCACACCAGGAACCUUGCAGGCCAUGGUGAAAUGAGCGAGGCCAUUACGGAACUGAGUCGAUCCUGCCUUACUCCAGGAGCAUCCCAGGGAUGUGAUAACUGACCCUGAUGCUCAGAAGUUCUCAGGACUAGCAUUUGGGGGCCUGUGAGUUUUCCCAGAAUGGCUUGGGGUUCUGCACAAAAUGCAGAGCUGGGGUAGAGAACUAAACCCAAGUGCUAGGAGCUAGCCCACUUUCAUCUGUGCUUCCAUACCAGAAGCCUGGUUUGCUUCUCUGAUGGGAAACUUACCAGGUACCUACACCCUGGAGCUGCUCCUCUUCCAGAGACUAGGGUGGCUCUUGCCGGGUGAUAUUGUAACCAUAGGUAAAAAAGGUGGCAGGCCUGGGCUGGCUUAAGCACACUGCUCUCGGCUCCACUACACCCAGCCACUGCUGAGGUCCUGGCCUUCAGACCCAGGGUUAGCACAGGGAUCCUAUCAGGCUGUCCCAGGACCAUGGCCAGGGUGACCCCAGAGUUCCUCAGACUCAUGUCUGGUACCAAAUGUGUGGGACCCUGCUUCAAUGUCUAGAUGGCCUCUUUGCAAUCUCCACCUCAGCCAUCCUUCUGGAGCAGGGGUGAUGCUGCUGCAAGCCUCUCUGAGGCUAAAAUUGGGACCUAAAUGCUACAGAGAGGGCCUGGUGCUAGGAGCUAAGUGUUGCCUAAAGGCCAGUAGGAGCAGUGACUUCUGUCCUGCUGAGGGACCCGGCUCAGACCAUCUCUAUGCAAAGCCCCACUUGGCUCCCGUGUCCAUGUCAACAACCGGACCUGCCCAUGAAGGCAGCGUGGCAGUCACCCCCGAAACACACACAUCCCUCAUGGUGAAUCCAGCUUCUCUGGAAGCUUGACUGUCGGGUGGCCCAGUCAGCCCAAGUGCAGGGUACCGGGGAGAAAUGAAGGGCCUGUCUUCUGUGUCCACAGAAGGUAGUUGGGGUCACGUAGUUUUUUCUCUGCCUGUUACCCCCUGUCCUGCAUCCUCAUAUUCAGCAAGAGCUUUACCCUGAUAGAUGCAAGGUGAACUUUCAGAACCUGGCGGGAAGGUGGCGUCUUCCCCUGCAUGGAGAGAAAUGUGUCCGUUAACACAUGUGGGUGAUGUGCACACUUUCACAUCAUCAUCAGCAUUUAAAGAACAAAGACGUUGGCCCCAGUUUGGGGGAAGAAGAAUAUUACAGAGCUAUUCCGAGUAUUUUCUAGAGUUUUUAUAUUUAUAUUUUUAGUAAUUUUCUG